AUGCUGAGUAUUUGUUUAGCCUUCAUCAUCCAGGAUGAUGUGAGCGUCAACAGGAAGUACAUGGAGACCUUAGAAUCCGAUGUGAAUGGCUCUGAGCCAGAAUUUGAUCAGGAACUCAGCAAGAAAGAUAUUGAAGAACUUUUGACUUCAAGGCCAAAUGUUUUUAAACGCUGUAAACUUGAAACAGAAAGACACGAUAAGGCAUACGCCAGGCCUCUCGAUGAACCGACUCUCACUAUCAAAAUCUUCGGAAGAGAAAACGUGGGCCGGUCUUUUCCUGGAGAUGAAGUCUGUGUGGAGAUCUUGAACACAGAAGAUUGUAAUGGGAGGGUGGUUGGAUUAAUAAAUAGAGAUGAAGACACUUUAAUCUUUGUCUGUAAGAUGGUGGAGGAUAACCCAAAUUAUGUUACUGCUGUUAACAAAUGCAUGACCAGAAUACGAACAAUUCAAACGAAGCUUGACAUGGGUCUAGUUGAAGUACGACAAUACAAGUAUGGACGGUGGGUGACAAAAGAGUUUGUAAAAGUAGCUGAGAACGAUAUGUUUGUUGUUAAUUUCAUAAAAUGGGAAAACAAAAAAACACACCCUCUCGGGGUGGUUACUAAAGUAAUUCCAGCCUGCGAUGCUUUCCAUGAAAUGCUAGACAUUGAACUUGGCUCUAAAGACAAACCUCCACCUUUUCAACAACAAGAAGACAAAGAGGGUGUAAAAAGGAAGGAUUUGUCUAAAAUGACCACCUUCACCAUCGAUCCAACUACAGCUCAAGACUUGGAUGAUGCCAUUAGUGUAUCUGAAAUGGGUGAUUCCUACCAGAUUGGCAUUCACAUCACAGAUGUUGCAAGCUACAUUAUCAAAGAUAGUGAGCAUGACCAAUUUGCUAGAAUGCGUGGCAGAACCAUUUACACUCCUGAAAAAGGUGACGUAGCCUUUAUGUUCUCAAGAGAGAUCAGCAAGGAAUACUUGAGUUUGAUAGAUGGAGAAGAACGGAGAGCUGUAUCCUUGCUGGUGGUCGUUGACAAAAAAACAAGCAAAAUACGAAGCACUCAAUUUGCUCUUACUCGCAUUAAUUCUGACAGACGGAUGUCGUAUGAAGAGGCAGACCAAAUUAUCCAGAAGUACUUCUCGAAGACAGAACCUCUACAGAUUUCUUCUUUGGAGGAUUGUGUAGCUGUCGCUUACCGUUUUUCUGAAGUCCAUAGAAAAUACAGACUGGAAGGUGGAUGGCAAUGUGGGAGGCAGUUCGGGCAAACUCGCUCUCAGGCCAUGAUGGAGGAAUUGAUGAAUCUCUACAAUAGUGCCGCGGCUGAAGAACUCAUAUCUGCAGACGUCACAAGAGACCUCACGCCAUUGAGAUGCCACCAGGAGCCAGAUCCAAACCGAUUGAUCCAGUUUAAAGAGAAAUACACUGACCUAAUACCCAUGUCUGCUUACUUUUCAAAUUUGUUCGAUGAAAAUAUCGAAUAUAAUCCAGAGCAUGAUGGUUUUGAACAGUCAGGCAUGUCGUUUAACAUUUUCACCUCCAUAUUUCACAAGAUGGAAGAGUUUGCACGGAGUUGGGACUAUUAUAAUUUGACGCAGUUAAUUUUUUCAGACGAAAUCCACCCUACAUUUGUACCGAUGGUUCAGGACUUUCGUGAAAUCCAAAGAAAAGCAGUCAUCCUUCGUUCUUGCACUUCAAAGGAGUCCAGGUUGGGUCAUUAUGAUUUACAGCUGAACGCCUACACCUGGGCGUCAUCUCCUAUGAGGCGUUAUCUGGACCUUGUCGUACAGAGGCUUCUACACACAAUGCUGUCAAAGCAAAACCUGAAGCAGGCAGACUACACAAAUGAUGAAAUCAACAGGUUUUGUUUGUCAGGAAUGGAAGCAGAAGAGAAACAGGAGGCUCUGGUGUUUAGACUAAGAAAGAUUCAGUUUGAACCCAGAGAUGUAGUCAAUCUUGCUAUGGUGGACCAGAUCACUCCAAAGGGGCAUGAGUUCACCAUAUCAUUCCCCCUACAGCCUUCGUUAGACCUGAUCACUAUCAUGUACAAGCAUCUUAAAGUUGUAGAUCAGCCAAAAUACAAUGAGGACAAGAACUCAAUGACUCUUCAUUGGAAGAGGAGAGUUUAUACGUUUGGUGAAGCGUUUAAGAAUCGGUAUCCCUCAAAUCCCAUGACGAAUGUGACACCAGUGUCAAGCAUCAUGUGGAAAAGACUAAUAUCUGCCAUUAAGCAUCAGGAUUGGGCUAAGAUUGAGCAGUGCUUUCAAAACAUGAAGAGAGAGGAGAAGCGAGAAAUGGAAAAACUUAUGAGUGAGGCUUCUUCAACACAGAGGAACAGCAAAAUGCAUUAUAAGGAGCUAAACUUGGAGCUUAAGUUCGGAGAUGUUGUUCAGGUUCAACUUGGAUCCGAACUCAAAGAUGGCCUUCCAGUUCCUGUUGUUCAGCUGCUCAGUGUUAAUGAAUGUUUUGAGAUCUGUUUGGAGCACUCAAGAAACCCUACUCUAUGCUUCUCCGAUUCAGUAUGCAUUGCAUCAAAAACCUCAUAUGAGAGUUAUCAGGAGUACCAAAAAAUCUGGACACAGCUAUGUCAAAUAGACACAGCCUAUAAUGCCUUGGAGGAAAAUAACAGUGUUAUCUUAGAGGAUGUGGUUAUAAAUUGGAAAGAUGAAAUAAAUCUGCAGGGUUUUUUUCAUCUAACGAAGAAUCAGAAAACGCAAUGGUCUCUUGAGUUCGACCUUACCAACUGCUUCUUGUGCAUUAGAUUAAGGCAUCAGAAAUUGGACGAGAAUCUUGGAAAACACAUGGAUCUUUCUACAGUUUCAGAUCUGCAGGGUUGCCUGCCUUUCACAUGGGUUGCACAUGCAGUAACCACCAAAUCAAAGAAAGAAAAGGAUAGGAACACUAAAGGGCGCAUUAAUUUUAAGAUAACACACAGAUCUAUGACUUACAUUCCAGCAACGAUUUUUAACAAGGGAACACAUUUCACCAUUGAAGUCAUUCCCAAAAAAAUUCCAUUUCUGCUCAGGGAGCAAGCGGUUGCAAAUCUACAAUGGGCUAAUAACCUGGUGAAGAGUGUUGCCACUGGACAGCUUGAACUAAAUGACAAUACUGAUAUGAGAAAUUUCAGCUUGUAUGAUGUUGACAAAAGCCUGAACCUGCCAACUUUGAAUAAGAGCCAGAAGAAAGCUGUUAAGGAAGCUAUGAAGAAACCUUUUACUGUGAUACAAGGCCCGCCAGGCACAGGCAAAACAGUGGUUGGCAUUCACAUUGUUUUCCAGUUUUUCAUGAAGAAUAAAGAUUUUAUGACAUCUUUUAAACCAAAUCAUUCAAAUUCUGAUGAGAACCCCCCGAAAAAGCCUGCCAUCCUUUACUGUGGACCUUCAAACAAGUCUGUGGACAUUGUUGCAGAGCAGUUGCUGAAACUCAGUGGAGCCCUGAAGCCUUUGAGAAUCUAUUGUGACCAGAUGGAGAUGCGCGAGUUUCCCUAUACAGGAAGCGAUCUGAAACUCAGCCGCAGGUCUCUCCGUGAUGAUAAACCAAAAGAUGAACUCAGAGAUAUAACCCUGAUGUACCUUGUGCGGAAACCUGAAAAUCCCUUUUCAGAAGAAAUAAAGGCUUUGGAAAAGAACUUAUCAGUGGACCAAAUAGACAACUACAGAAAACUGUUGAAGAAAGCGAAUCAGCAUGAGAUCGAGAAGUAUGAUGUGGUUCUGUGCACCUGCUCAUCAGCACUGACGCCUGAACUCCGGGAGGUCAUGGACUUCCGGCAGAUACUCAUAGACGAAUGUGCCAUGGCUACAGAACCAGAGGCCUUCAUCCCUUUGGUUUCCCACCAUCCACAGCAGAUUGUUUUGCUGGGCGAUCACCAACAGAUCCGGCCGAUCGUGCAGUGUGGCCAUGUGAAGAACAUGGGCAUGGAGAAAUCUCUGUUUGAACGCUACAUGGAUCUGGCCAGAAUGCUGGACACGCAGUAUAGAAUGCAUGCAGACAUUUGCAGGUUUCCUUCACAAGAGUUUUAUGAUGGCAAACUGAAAACUGGAGCUAAACGAGGACCCUGCUACCUGCUGAACCAGUCCAAGGAGCCUACGGCCAUGCUGUUCGGACACAUUGAAGGAAAAGAAGUCAGCUUAGUGGUGUCUACAGAAAAGGGCAAUGAAAACUCAAUGGCCAACACUGAGGAGGCAGAGCAGGCGGUCCGUGUGGCAGAUCUCUUAAUUAAACAGUCAGGUGUGUCACCUGAGCAUAUUGCAAUUCUGACCCCUUACAAUGCACAGGUGUCCGAGAUCAAAAUGACACUGGAGAACAAGACUAUUAGAAACGUCACCGUCUGCACAGUGAUGAAAAGCCAAGGAAGCGAGUGGCCAUAUGUGAUCGUCUCCACUGUUCGCUCCUGCUCCACAUCUGACAUACAGGCUUAUAGAGCCAGACCACAUAAAGCCUGGCUUGGGAAAAGACUGGGAUUCGUCACUGAUGCAAAUCAAGUCAAUGUUGCUAUAACUCGUGCACAGGAUGGACUGUGCAUUCUGGGUAAUAGUGAGCUGUUGAGAUGCUGUGAACUUUGGGACAGACUCCUCGACCACUAUUACAGAAAGAAUUGUGUGGUGAAUCCAGCCAGUCACAUUCAGGUCAAAGCGAAGGCAUCAGAAGGACUUUCCGUUUAUACAGGAAACAAAUAAUAAGAUACAAAUCUCUG